AUGAGUGAUAGGGGCUCCGAACUUCGAUCGCUCCGCCAGGAAAUUACUGCUGUGCGAGUCUUGUUGGAGAGGCUCGAGACCCGUCUGUCUGCGCUGGAGGAGGAGGACAGGUUCGAGGUUGUAUAUCCUGAGGCCCAUACUUCUUUUGCUGAGUUUCCCGGAUCAGGUGGAGUGAAUCUCUCCCGGGGCGCUUCCAGCACUUCUUCCCAUCCUCGGCCCGGUUCAGGUGGAGUGGAUCUCACCCGGGCGUCCUCUUCUUCCCCUCAGCCUGGUUCAGGAGGAGUGCAGCUCUCCCAGGCGUCUGGUCCCCCUUCCUCCUCGAUUUCUGACGGCUCUUGUGCUGCUCACCCUGGAGGACCUAGCUCCUCUUUCCGCACUGAGGUGGCCGAGAGUGUUGGGCGCUUUUUGCAACGAGCGUUGGACGGAGCCUUUCGGGGUUCUUCAGGUCGAGAUCAGUUGGGUUUGGCCUCUCGUUAUUAUAUAGUCCUUUCAGAUUUUGAGGGGCGUCACUUUGCCGAGCCUUGCGUCUUUUCUUCUUUCUCCCGAGCCAAAGCCCUUUGUAUCCGGGGUCCUGAUAAGGGAAAUAGCAUAUUUGUGGGCUUACCAAGCCAGGCUGAAGUUGCGACAGCCCUCCGUGCUGCAGGUCUGAGUUGGCCCCGAGCUGGCCUUGAUGGCCAGUCUGUGCCUACGCUUGACGAAGCGGCUAUCCCGGCUAGCACUCCUGCCUUCCAGAGGCUCCGGGAUUACAUUUUGGAAGGUCGCGAGGCCCAGAUUGGGGAGUUGCGUAUUUCUUCCUCCGAGGGCCCUGAAGUAUGGCUAGGCAUGCUUCAGUCCAGCCUCGAGGAUUUGGUCGAGGAAGGUGGCAGCGAGACGCAAGGUGGCGCCGGAGAUCAUGUUUGGGAACAGAGGCUUCGUUCUUUGGAGUUGGGUAUGCGCCAGCUUCAGACGAGCAUGCAAGCGUUGGUGGAUGGGGUUCCCUUGUCUCGCGAAGAGCCAGGCGAGCCUUCCCAUGCCCCUGCGACGGGCGGGGGGGUUCCAGAAGAUCAGCUCAUCAAGAUGUCUCAAAUGGCUUCUGCAGGACGCGGCAAGCUCAAGGGACGGGCCAAGGCCACACCUCGGCGAGCAGCAGACCCGCUGGACGAAUCGGACGACGAGGCAGCACUAGCCGCUGGCGAUGGUGGGGUUGCGGUUUCCGGAAACCAGGUCACUCAAGCGAUGAUCCAGAUCAGCCAGGUUUUGAAGGCCAUGCACUCCGAGAGGGAGAAGCGGAACGAUUUGGAAGAACUGUUAGAUCGCGCCGAUGGCGGCGGCGACGCCCUAGGAGGGUCUGGCAGCUCAGGAAGGUCGAAGACAGCCGCCUUCCACAAGCUGCGUGGGAUUCUGAGGAACUCGCCAGAACUCAUAUCGGCUUCGAUCGAAGGUCUUAUCUCCGAAGACUUCUCUCUCGCUCAGAGCGGCCCAGGCUUGGAGGAUCGCAAGUGCACUGUGAGAGCUACCAUUGUGGACCAGCUGAACAGCGAUCAGCCCGAGGCUGCAAAAGCUACAGCGUUGCUGGCGCUGGCAUCGCUGGACCAAGCGGCUAUCGAUCAGGGGAACUGGUUACUUGCAAGCGAGUUCACUAUGCAGCCGUCUCCCCCUUUCAGUGCUUUUCAGCGGCCUCGCACACUCGAUCCUUUGGAGGCUCGUCAGACCAAGAUCAUCGACCCGAGGUGGGUGUCUGUGUUCAUGUCCCGGCUGAAGGAGCGAGACGAGACACCACUCGGGGGAAUGGGGACCUACCUCCGAAGCCUCCACGGAAGCCUCCCAAGGGGCUCCUUGAGCUUCGUCUUCCAGCCGCUUCUAAAGUUGGCUACCCUGAGUCGUCUCCGAUUUGGAGGUAUGGCCGAGCCCUUUAUCCUUUCCGAAGCUGCUAAAGUCUGGGUCCUCCAAGGUCAUCGUAUGGGUCUUGGCGAGCCUCUGACUAAGGUUCAGUCCAAAGCUCUGAGCUCCCUGAGACGAGGAGUCGAGGACUGGAACAACUCGGGUCCCUUUGGGCCAGAGGAGCUGGGGCGCAGCGCACCGAAGUUUGAGAGCUUGUACGACAUGCUCCGUGCUUGUCAGGAAGAGUACCGAGACCUCCCCGCCGGUGCCGACUUGGAAGAGGCUGUUUUCAGCUUCAGUGCCCCUUGUCAUGUGCUCCCCGUUGAGCCCGAUCGGCUGAACUUCGUCGAUCGUCCGAGCUUCGAUCCUCGUCCGUAUCUGGAUACCGCCAACCGGCAAACAUAUGAGGACCCUAUCCGUUUCGCCGAGCCUCUCACUGAAGAGCUUCAGCUCCCCCACGUCGCAGUCCGGGCAAGCAAGGAUCAAGCGAAGCGUCUGUUGGAGCUCUUGGAUUCGUCAGGCCGGCUUGCACUGUUUGCCAAGGGCGAGGUAAGGCCGGGUGUCAGGAGCGGUCUCUUCUCGGUACCUGAAGACGGCAAGCGAGAUAGGAUGGUGCUAGACGCUCGUCCGCCUAACGCCUUGGAGCGCAGCGAGUCCAGGUGGAUUAGGUCAUUGGGCACGCUUGAGCAGAUCCAGUUUAUGCAUCUUCCGGAUGAUUGCAACCUCGAGGUUCAUGCCGAGGACCUUAGGGAGUUCUAUCAUAGCUUCAUCGUUUCGCCCAUUCGGGCGGCCCGGAACUCUCUUGCGCUCGAGCUUUCGUAUGAAGAUGUUGCUCAUCUGUCGGCCUGCUCCAAGUCACUGAGGAAUCAAAUCAUUGUCCCAGCUCUGGGGACAAUGGCGAUGGGCGACACGAAUGCCGUCGCCUACGGGCAAACAUCCCAUCUUGCAGUGUUGCUGCAGACCACUUCCCUGCGCCUGUCCGAUUUCUUGUCUUUGCAAGGACGGCCGCCAAGGUCAGGAUGCGUCGUUGCAGGUUUGUUAAUCGAUGAUUUCGUGUUGCUUGAUCCGGUGCCUAAGGUUCCACCUAGUUUGGAGUACGAACCCCGGGGAGUCAGGAUCAUGCGAGAAGUGAUCGAUGGCUACCGAACCAGCGGGCUUCCCCGCCAUGAGGGCAAAGCGGUCUCUCGAGCCAGCGUUGGGGAUUUCUGGGGGGGCCAGCUUGAUGGGAAGGCAGGAAUUCUCCGCCCGAGUCCUAAGCGGGUCAGUGGGCUUGCAGCUUUCCUUCUGGCUGUUGUCCAAGGCGGAGUGACUUCUGUUGGCAUGCUCGAGGUGAUUACCGGGAGCCUCGUCUCUGGGUUGCAGCUCCGAAGGAGGCUUCUUUCGCUGCUCGAUGAAGUGUAUGCUGUUCAGCAGCAUCGUCCGCGCCACGCGUUUGUCCGCGUGCGAGGGGACCUUUGCAAUGAGCUCUUAGCCGCGACUGCUCUCCUCUGCCAAGUUGAUGUUGACAUCCGCGCUCCUGGAGCUCCGUUGGUCUUAGCUACUGAUGCAUCCUCUACUGCCGAGGCUGGAGCUGUCGCUGAGAUCCCCGCUGAGCUGUCAGUUGAGCUCAGCCGACAUGGCUUGCAACGUGGUCUGUGGAGCCGAUUGCUCAGUCCAGCGCAGGCUUUCCUGCAGGAAAGGGGGGAUCUUGAGGAGUGUCAAGCUUUACCUGGAGAAGCUUACACUUCGCACCCGUUGUGGGAACAGGUCUGUUGCUCUUUGCAGUUUCGGCAGUUCGGCAGGAUUGUUAAGGUCAGCAGGCGACGGCAUAUCAACGUAGGCGAGGUGCGAGCUGCCAUCCGGGGUGAAGAGGGUGUCGGGAAGCGCUACCCAGGGUCCCGAUAUGUUCACCUCCAAGACAGCCAAGUCAGCCUUGCGACUUUUGUUAAAGGGCGAUCGGCGUCAAGGGCCAUUAAUUACGAGCUUCGGCGAUCGCUCCCGUGCUACCUCGCUAAUCGGGUUAGGAGCUGUGAGCUGCGGAAGCCUUGCCGCGAGCCUUCGGAUUGGUUUGCCGCAGCCAUCAUAGGUGACUUCGCGCUAGAGUUACCCAUGACCCCGAAAAACGAGCGCGGCAGAGAUUUCGAGUCGGAGCUCAGGACUGAAGAAAGGCCUUCUCUGCUGAAGGGUCCCGUGCUAGGCAUCAUCAUCGCCCCUGUCGCAUUGAUCCUUUUCAUUUCAGCGUUGGCUCCCCUGGAGUUGUUUGUCUACUCCUCUGCCUUUCCUGAUUUGGACUCUGCCUUGAGCUCGGGUUCGGGGUGGCUUGAUUUGUUUUCAGGGAUGAGGGGCUUCGCCAGAGCGUUAGCUGCCGCCGCGCCAUGUUGGAUACUCUGUCUUGAUGUCAGCCAUGGCGAGGACGAGGACCUUUUGGACCCAGAACUUCAAGGAUCCAUUUUCGAGCUACUUCGGGGCGGAGCUUUUGCCGGGAUCAGUGCUGCUCCGGUCUGUGCCUCUUUUUCGAGUGCUAUCGUUCCUACGUGGCGGAGUCGAGAGCACCCUCAAGGAAAGCCGGGGUUGAGGCUGGACCAAGCUGAGAAAGUCGUCAAAGGAAAUUCCUUCUUGGAGUUCCUGCUUGAAGUCAUCGUCAUAUGCGAGGAGGUCAGCGCUACCUACUGGAUCGAGAAUCCUGCCAGCAGCUGGUUCUGGCGCCAACCUGCUUGGAGCUCAGUCUUGGCCUGCGCUGCCGAUUUCGAUUUCAAGUGUGACUUCUGCGUUUUCGGCACUCCGUGGCGGAAAAGUACGACCUUUAGGACGAAUGGACAGCUGCGGGGCAAGCGUCUUCUUUGUCCUCGCACUCACGCUCAUCGCGUCCUCCGGGGUCGUGACCCUGACAGCGGUGUAUCCUGGACUAAGCUUGCUGAGCCAUAUCCUAAAGGACUUUGCAACUUGCUCGCCGCUGCCUGCGCAUCCGACGUCGGCUGGCUUGGCGAACACCGGGACCUCGACCUCAGCCGGUGUGCUAAGUGUUCGGGCGCUAGGAUCGGAGAAGCUGCGAAUCCAGGACCGAGAAAGCUUCGUCGUCACCGAUCCCCUCAGCUCUUGGUUGACAUCCCCGUCGUAGCGGCGAAUACAGCGAAGCUUCGAGCGGGCAUCUGGGCCCGUUUCAGAGCCUGGAUUCAUGAAGGAGUCAACGAGGCUGGCUGGAGAUCACUUGAGAGGAGUCCCGAGCUCCUCGUUGAGCUUCUCAAGGGGUACGGGCAGGUGCUCUACGAUCAGGGCGCUUCUCUUCAGGAAUUUCGUCAGCUGUUAGCCCACGCUCAACAUGUCUUCCCUCGUGUGCGACAUUGCAUCCGACCGGCUUGGGACCUUUUGUCCAAGUGGGAGAAGCUCGAGCCUACGGAGCAUCGUGUUCCUAUGCCCGAGCCAAUCAUCACUGCCAUGAUUUCGGUUGCAGUGGCCUGGGGUUGGUAUGCCUGGGCUUGUGCGGCGCUUUUCUGCUUUCGAGGCUGUUGCCGCAUAGGUGAGGUCUUGUCUGCUUUCAGGGGCGAUCUUCUUACUCCCAGCGAUCUUCUUCGUGAUGAUCGUCGUUUUUACAUCGUCUUCCGCGAGCCGAAGACGCGAGGCAGAGGUGCUAGAGUUCAGCAUGCCGCCGUGACUCUGGACGAGCUGUAUGCCCGACUGGUUUCAACGACUUGGGGACAGCUGCAUCGGA